AUGUCUAGGUUCUUCGAGUACGAUGAGGAGCCGACUGGCUUUCCCAUCCAGCAAGAGAAGAGACAUGGUCCUCUCUUCGACGCAUAUCGACGACGCGAAGUACCUUGCGUCAUCUGCGUGGGAAGCUCUCUGCUCCUGGCGUACAGCAAGGAAUGCUGGGACAGCGUCGGUCUGAACCAGGCGGGUGGUCUUGUAACGGACUUCACCUUCGUAUACGGCGCAUACAUCACACCGGAGCUUCGAAUCACCAUCACUGCCGUGGAGAAUCGCGGAACGAUCACGCCCUCUCAGAAGGUCGCCCGAAUCACCAUACCUGUCACAGCCAUGGCAGGCAAUCCCCGCUGCGGCCAGGAGGACUGGUUUGGCACUACUGCUUUUCAUCUCUCUCUCCCAGUAGACCUCGGCAAGGUUAUUUUAUCAGAGACUGCUGCCAGCGAGGCCACUCGAAUUUCGGAGCUCAGUAUCUUUCGACAAGGCGGCAGAGACAGAAUCAACAUCUACAUGCCCGAGGCUAUGUACUGCACCGCUCGAGAGUACGUUGAGAUCAUGUCGCAGCACUACUCGACUCCUCAAAGCUGUGAGGCGGUUGACCAAGGCCUCGACUGUCUCUUCAAGACAUCAAAGUCAUCGCUGGAGAACCUUCACGAAAGUGGAAAGCUCAACGACGACUUCUCCCGGCCCCAGCAUCCCAUCCCUGCCAUAUUCGUUUUCCCCGACAAUAGAAGCCACGUCCUGCGCCUUCAGGCCUCGUCCAGGGAGGAGGCUCUUUGCCAGAAAGAGCAGGCCAACCCUUUCCGCACUACCGACCUCCCGUGCGCCCUGCUUCCAGACAACUCGUCCGCCUAG